AAUUAUAUUUUUUGUUCAAAGAUAAUUUUAUAUUUUUCCAAAUACCUUUGGGGUCAAGCCAAACUUCACAUUUGGGCCGUCGACCAAGGAUUUGUUAAAAAAAGCCAUCGUGUCAUCACAUUUAUAACCAAUGAACCUUGAUGCUAUAGCAUGUAACCAAAAAGAAAAAGGUUGAUGCUAUUUAUAACAAAUGAAGAUACACAAAUAGGGCAAUGACAAGUCAAGCUCCUUUAUUUAAUCACCGACAAAAAAACACAAAAAGAAACCCACUAUAUCUUACUCUCAUAACCAAUAGCUACACUAAAAUCUCCAUUCAUAUUGCAGAGAAAGGAGACCAAAAAAUAAUGUUGAGAGAUCUUCACUUGCACUCCACUCAGUACAGUAUCAUUAUCAUCUUCAUGAUAACUUUCAAGCUCUCUCCUCUUUUUUAUCUCUCUUCUUCAUCAGAACUCAGUUCUCAUGAUCAUGGCUACCAAACCAUAAUGCCUCAAACCUUCAUCUAUGCAGGUUGCUCUGAAGGAAAAUAUCAACCCAAUACUGAAUUUGAAACUAACUUAAACACUUUUCUCUCUUCAGUUUUCAGUUCAUCCUCUCAGUUUUCCUAUCACAGCUUUGCCAUUGGAAAUAAUAACAAUGAAAGCUCAACAACAUCAUCACUAACAAAUCAAGCCAGCACAAUCUAUGGCUUAUACCAAUCUAGAAGGGUGUUUUCUCAGAUACGAGCAUGUGGAUUUCUUGGGCAAGGCUGACACAAGCCUUAGGUUCAGAAGGUGUAGGAAACCGGUGAGGCGUGUCGAUGUUGAGUUCUUCCAACGAAGAGAUGCUGUAAUUGCAGAUUUAAUGGCGGCUAAUGAUGGAUUUAGGGUUAGCAGAUCAGCUUUUGUUGAGGGUGUUGCUAUGUGCUUGGGGGAUUUGAGAGCAGCAGAUUGCUCCUCUUGCCUUGUGGAAGCUGUGGAGAAGAUGAAGAGCUUAUGUGGAACACAAGCAGCAGAAGCUGCUGUGUUCUUAGCACAAUGUUAUGUUCAUUACAGGGCCUAUGGAUACUAUGGAGAAGCUUCUGAUUAUUCCUCCAAGAAGGAGGAUCAAGUGAGGAAAGCAACAGCUAUUCUCUUGGGAUUACUAGUAUCUCUAACCAUUCUUGUUGGGAUUCUCUGGAUUUGCCAAAGAGCAAUGCCUCAAAAAUAGGUAAUUGUGUACGUGCCAAAUCAUGGCCAUGCUUGUAGGGACUUAAAAUGGCUGGGAUUUUAGAAUUCAUAGACUUAUCCUUGAAUCAAAUUCCUACGAAGCUAUUGAAGCGACAAUAAUCCUCACUCACCCGGACUCUGUUGUUAUUUCUAAGAUUAGAGCUUUGCUGGCUCAUGACUGGGCUUUAUAUAAUUUUUAUUAUGAUUAUUGUUAAUUAGAUCCAUCA